AUGGACACAAGCGCGUAUAGCCAAGAGUACCUCGAUGCGUCCAAGCAGGGGGAAGUCAUUGGAGUCUGCACGCUCUUGAUAGUCAUUUCAGUCGGCAGUGUCGCGCUGCGAUUCUACGCAAGAUCGAUCUCUCGUAUGGACUUUUCGUGGGACGACUGGUUCUGUUUAGCAGGUCUGCCAUUCGCUCUUCUAUCUCCAAUAUUCGACCUUAUCCAACUUUCCAAUGGGUUCGGCAAGCAUCAAGUCACAGUCACGCCGGCUCGCCUCGAGUGCUACGGCUAUUUACUCUAUAUCCUCCUAUUCUUCUACAAUCCUGGCCUUGUCUUCUUCGAACUGUCUUUUCUUGCCUUCUACCUCCGCCUCUUCCCAAUACUGUCCUGGCUCCGGCGCUCGGCCUACACGCUUGGCGCAAUGAUCCUAGUCUGGUUCCUGAUUACUGAAUUUGCAUUCAUCUUCCGCUGCAACCCAAUUUCAGCGGCCUGGAAUCCGGCAGCGGGCACUUGUAUUGAUGAACAUACGGUCUUCUUAGCGCAAAGCGUUCCCACCAUUUGCUUUGACCCAGCGAUUCUCGUGCUGCCAAUCCGGCUAGUAUGGAAUCUGAAAAUGGCGCUAUCGUCGAGAAUCGGUGUUAUUUCCAUAUUCAUGCUCGGCGGUGUAGUUACUGUCAUUAGCAUUGCUCGCUUGGUAGUAACGCUGACCUCCAACGACGCAGACCUUACUUGUAUGUGA